GCGGUGGAUGUGGUAUACUUGGACAGAGGGGUGGCGGUGGACGUGAUAUACUUGGACAGAGGGGUGGCGGUGGACGUGGCGGUGGAUGUGGUAUACUUGGACAGAGGGGAUGGCGGUGGACGUGGUAUACUUGGACAGAGGGUUGGCGUUGGAUGUGGUAUACCUGGACAGUGGGGGUGGCGGUGGACGUGGUAUACCUGGACAGAGGGGUGGCGGUGGACAUGGUAUACCUGGACAGAGAGGUGGCGGUGGAUGUGGUAUAUUUGGACAGAGGGGUGGCGGUGGACGUGGUAUACUUGGGCAGAGGGAUGGCGGUGGACGUGGUAUACUUGGACAGAGGGGUGGCAGUGGACGUGGUAUACUUGGACAGAGGGAUGGCGGUGGACGUGGUAUACUUGGA